AUGGUUCGACAUUACUCCAUAUCGCUAUGUCCACGAGGGAUACGAAGUGACACCAUUGGUACAGGCAGCGAUGAUCAAAAUCUUGGUUCAGCUGGGGUGGAUAUUGAAGCAAGGAAUAAUGACCUGUCUACCCCACUCCACGAAGCCAUACGGGCCGGAAACAAACCCACGACAACAGUGCUUAUAUCUCUUGGGGCAAACAUCCAGGCAAAGGAUCGGAACGGCACGACAGCGCUGGAUUUAGCGGCGCUUGAGGGAAAGGUCGAGCUAGUGGAGGUGCUGCUCGUUAAUAAGGCGGAUGUGACAGUAACAGACAUCGAGAAGUGGACGCCACUUCACUCAGCUGCUUCUCGAGGUCACGAGCCUAUAGUGACAGUACUGCUAAGCCACAAGGCAUCGAUCGAUGCAAGAGACUCUCAAGGCCAGACGCCUAUCUACCAGACGAUAAAAAAUGGGCACCGAGAUUUGAGUAGUCACCUAUUGCUCAAGGGCGCUAACUGGUCAGUCUCCGAUAGCCAUGGACGGACGGUGUUGCAUUACGCAGCAAUGGCAGGAGAUGGUCAUGUGGCCAAGAUGUUGCUAGAAAAGGGCGUGGAUGUUAUGGCAGCAGAUGAGACUGGCAAGACAGCCUUGCAUUGUGCAGUCAAGAGUGGGCACAGUGGUGUGGGUAGAGUUCUCCUGGAUCUUGGAAAGGCGGAUGUUACUUCAGUCGACAACAAGAAGCGAACACCUCUACAUCACGCCGCAGGGAAUGGACACUCUGACUCGGUCGAGAUGCUUCUGCGCCAUAAUGCACCCAUGGAAGCAAGGGAUAUCCACGGAUCAACACCACUUUUAUAUGCUGCCAACUCUGGCCACGAAUCUACAGUGACGAUUCUCGUAAAUGAGAGUGCGGACAUCAAUGCCAUAGAUGACCAAGGGUGCAGCGCGCUACAUUUAGCGGCAAAGCAGGGACAUCUGCAAGUGUUGAUACAGUUGGUUCACGAAGGUGUAAACGUGGAUGCGACAAACGUCAAGGGUAAGACAGCACUGCAACUUGCGUCUGACGAGGACAACGAUAAUAUAGUAAGUGAGUUGAAAAAGGAGGGGGGGUCUCGAAAGAACGUGAAACACAAUGUGGAGGAGGAAGAAGUGAAAGUAGAAAAGGUGGAGAGAAAUCGAAUUCUUGAACACAGCCAUUCGGGGAAGGCAUCAGCCGACGGUGCAGGAAAGAAAGCAGAGGGCGUCCCCAGUUCGGUCUUUUACUUGUUGAUACCGGUUCUUAUGGCAGUAACGUUCUUCACGGUGCGAUGA